AUGGCUGCUUGGCUCUCCUCCUUCUUAAGCCGCACUAACCCUCCACCGCCGCAAGUCAACUCGACAGAACCAUUCAACGACUCCCGCGCCAACCAAGACCGGCUCUCAUCCACUAUGGCCCGCCAACCCGGCCCCGAGCUCACUCAACACCUCCUCCCCAACAUGCCCUCCCUCUUCACCCUCGCCCUGCCCCCCUGCGGUCUCGAAAUCCAACUCGCCUACCAAAACAUCGUCCACAGCCUGCGCCGCCGCUGGCUCCGAGCCGCCGCCGACGACCCCGCGACCAAGCCCACUGCUCUCGACAUCGCCCUCUCCCUCAAGUCCGAUCUCGACGACGAGGCCGUCAUCCACCCCCCAGGUAGCCUCGCGCACACCAAAACCCGCCGCCCCUGGCGCCGUGAGAAUGUGUUCAACUUUGAGAUCCGCUGGGCGGCGUAUUUCGUGCGCGAGGCGGAGGUUGAGAAGGGCUGGGGCAAGACGGAUGCGGAAGAGCGGCGUAAGGUCGAGUAUGCGCAGCUCCGAGAUCUGAUUCCGCAGGAGUUGGGGGUUGCGGUGAGGAGAAGGGGGAAUGUGGAGGACGUGUAUGCGCUGUGGCGGGAGUGGCAUGCGGGGAAGAGGAGGGAUUUGGAAGUGGUCAAGAAGAAGGAGGAACUUUGGGAGGACAAGGGGGAGAUGUUUACGUUGAGUGAGUUGGUGGGGAGGAAGUUUUUUGAGAAGGACUUGGCGGAGACGGAGAGGAAGAUGAAGGCAAAGAGGGAGGUGGAGGAGAAGGAUGUGAAGGAGAAGCUGGAGAGGGAGACAGACAAGAUGGAAAAGAUGGACAGGAAGAUGGGGUUGGAGGAGGUAAAGGAUGCGGAGGAGAAGAGGAGAGAGUAG